UUAAUUUGAGUAUAUAAGCUUUGAUUUGACACUACUUUUUUUCCGUGUGAUAAUAACAUCUAAAUCAUAUUAUCCACGGGAUAAAAAUCAGCAUGUUUUGAUUUGAGUUCCGUUGGUAUUGACACCGAAAUGCUGCUGGGAUAUUCAAUUGAUCCCAUGAUUAAUCAUAUCUUACCUUUUUCGAGUUCUGCCCUCUGUUUUGAGAGAAUCGUGCCCCAAUUGUGGUAAAUGCGGGUGUCUAAAACACGGACGGAAUUCGUGCGUAACGUCGCAUUUUGGACAAUUCGGUUUGAUUCGCCUGCGACGUCGGGAGUGCCGUUUAACGUGUCGCGCGAUUUUUGUAUUCGGGUACGCGCGCGAGCAAAGCGUGCGUCGCGAACGCGUGUGAGUCAGUGUGAAUGUUUGAAGGAUCUGAGAGGAGGAGACGCGCGCGCGAGGCCCAGGGGACAUCGAGCGACAGUAAAUCAACGAUCAAUGAAUCGAUAUGCGAGCCGCAGUGAGUACAGCGACACCAGUUUCCAUCCGGCUCCUAAAUCUCACGUCAACUCUCCCGAAUUCCGCGGAACUUCAAGAUCGAAUCCGAUAGCGGCCGACAUGUGUUACAUCGCGUUCGCGAGUCUCGCACAAUAUGAUCAUCGAGCAUUGCUCGAGCCCGGAUGACGUGAGAAAACACUAAUCACGGCGAAUGGAACAAAAUCGAUUCUCUGGGCGGAGACCAGGAAGAAAUCUCGUCUUCGUGAUCCUCGGCAAAUCAGACCAGGGAUUACCUAUGAUCCCGCUGGGCGUCGCGAGGACGACGGAAAAGGAAGAGAGGCGCUUUUGGCAGCGUUCCUAAUCUUCCUCUCUCCUCGCCCGACCUGCCCCCCCGUUCUUUCUCUCUCUCUCUCUCUCUUCCUUUUUCUCUCUAUUCCUCGCUUUCCAUCCCUCUUUCUCCCCCUCUCCACCAUCCGCGCCACCACUUUCUCGUUCCUCUUCGACGAGCGGCUGUGCGACGCAUCGUAGAUUUCGUCGGACACGAUGGACAUGAGCAGCGAGUCGAGCACCGCUAGAUGGUACGAGCCGCCUAGGCCGUCGUUGGAGCCGUCUUCGGGGGGCGCCGGGGUGGCCGGGGUGGUCGGCAACCCCAGCGACUACAGGGGUUACUACCCCGGACCGGCGGCGCACCACCCCGCGGCACACUACGCCCACACGAGGAUGUCGAGCAGCGGCGUAUCGAGCGGCCCCGUGAGAGGGCCGCACUUUCACAGUUCGGUUAUCCACCCGUGGCUGUCCGGCAGCAGCGCCGACACCUCGAAGACACCCUGGGGAUUUCCCGCGACUAUGGCGACCACGGGCGGUGCAGUGAACGACGAAAAACCGCAGAGCCCCUUAGGAUCUUCGCUGCCGCCUACCACGGGUAGUCUGUCGAGUCACGGUGGCGGCGGCGCCGGUCAUCAUCUGUUCUCCUUUCCGCCGACGCCGCCCAAGGACGCUACGCCCGAUAGCAUAACCGCCGGCACGACUUCAGGCGCGUCCAACAACAAUAAUAAUUCCACGAGCGCCAACAACAACAACAACAGCGGCAACCCGCUUUCCGGGCUGGGCGGCGGUACAACCAGCGAGUAUCAAGCGGCGGUCGCUCACGCGGCGGUGAUGGGCGCGUUUAUGCAUCAUCAGGAUGCGCUGGGCGCAUCGGGCGCCAGUUCGUGUGACAUCAAGCCGACGGUGAUGCUCGGCCACCAUCAUGGGGCGCCUUCGCCGCCGCAUCAGCAGCACAACGGCACUAACAACGGCAACAACGGUCCCGGCGGCACGAACGGCUCGUCCGGCCAGGUGAAGCAACGAGAAGGUAAUAACCAGUCCGGCAGUGUGACGGGCAGCCAACAGGCGAGCGCCACGCAACAGCAGCAACAGCAACAGGACGCGUAUCAGAACAACAACGGGGUGCCAGCCGGUGGCGGCGGCGGUGGCGGCGGCGGUGGCGGCAGUGGCGGCGGCAGUGCCAGUAGCAACGGCGCGGCCUCGCCCUGCAGAGAUAGUUACGCGGCUGCGGCUGCAGCCGCCGCCGCAGCGGCGGCCGCGGCGGCCUCCAACAGCCACCAUGCCACUUCCGGCUCGCAAUACGACCCGGCCGCGAGCGCGUACAACAUGUAUCAACACCUGCAGUAUCCCUCGAGUACCCACCAUCACCAUCAUCAUCAUCACGGCGCCAACACGGCGUCGUCGUCCACCGCGUCGUCCCACAAUCCGCACAACGGCAGCGCAGCGGUAGCCGGUAUUUUCGGUCAUCACGCCGGUACCGCGUCCGGUAACGCGACCGGCGGCCUAGCCGGCGUCGCCGGCGGCGCCGACUCGAAGCUGCUGGUCGGUCACGCGCACGGCAACACCCCGGGCUCGCCCUCCGCGCAGCAGCAGCAGCAGCAAAAGCCGAGGAACAAGUCGAGGACGUCCGCCGAGGGUCGCGAAUGCGUCAACUGCGGCGCCACUUCGACACCUCUCUGGAGACGAGACGGCACCGGUCACUAUCUGUGCAAUGCCUGCGGACUUUAUUACAAGAUGAACGGACAGAAUCGACCUCUCAUCAAGCCGAAACGACGCCUGUCGCUGCAGAGCGCGGCGAGACGGGCGGGCACCAGCUGCGCCAACUGCAAGACGGCGACCACGACCCUCUGGCGGAGGAACCAGGCCGGCGAGCCGGUCUGCAACGCCUGCGGACUCUACUACAAAUUGCACAACGUGAACCGGCCGCUGACUAUGAAAAAGGAGGGCAUUCAGACGAGAAAUAGGAAGCUCUCGUCGAAAAGCAAGAAAAAGAAAUCCGGCGGCUGCUUAGGCCUCGGCGGUGUCAUGGGUGACAUGAUCAAGGCCAGCGGACACCUCGAUCUCGAUAACAAGCCCUUCCAUUCCGGAUUCGGAUCGCCAAUGGGUACGUCGCAGCAUCAUCACACGAUGCAUCCGGCGAUGCAGCAUUACAUGUAUCACACGGGCGUCGGCGUGGCCGGAGGUCUUCAUCAGGGCUUUGCGCCACCGGCGCCGCCCCCCAUCCACCCGCACUCGCAUUCGCAUUCCCAUUCUCAUCACAUGACGAGUCUUCAGGGUCUGCAGCUGGCCGCCACGACGAACGCAAUGACCGGCUGGCGAUCGGAGUACACAUGAAUCGCGAGUGACUAGCAGCUCAGGACGCAGCCCACCACUGUCACAUUGUAAUAUGUAAAAAGGAAAAAGACAAAAAAAAAGCAGAAAAAAUUAAGCUCCUCUUCUCUUUCUCGCACGCGGGCCUCCUUCAUGGAGCACGAUCGAUCACUAACGACACGCGAAAAUCCCCGGCACGCGGGGGGAUCCCGAGACGCUCGGCGUCCUUAGCGCGGACGCGAGAAAAAAAAGAGCGUCCGUCGGAUCUCUCCUUAAAACGAAAGAGCUCUUUGUAAAUAUGUAAAGUUUCGUGUAGGGCCAUCGAGCCCCGGCCCCAAGUACAAAGGAAAAUUCAGCAACACUGUAUCGAGUCUUAUAUAUGAUAUAUAGCAUGUAAAUAAAUAUAGAUAUGAGAAUUUAUAUAUUAUGUGCGUGCGCGAGCGUGGAAGGACGGAUGAAUGCGGGUGUGUAUGCGACAACCUGUUUCAGGUGACUCCUUCGCAGGAUUCUGGCCGAGUGUGAUCGAUCGGACGCUUGGACCAUCGUGCGGAACCAUAUAAUGUGCAACGACACCACAAAAUCCGCUCGAUCAUGCCUCGCGCUCAGAAUCGAUUUCGAGGGGAGUCGCGAGUGCUGCAGGUGGGCGAGCUCGAGAGUGCGCGGGCAUGCAUGCUUCGCAUGGAAAUCGACGCGAUAUGUGCAAUUUCAAAAGAUGUUUUAUUAACGGGCGUUCGUAACUCGGUGCGGGACCGUUUGGACGUUCCUCAAAAAUUCUUGCCAUUCAUGUGAUGUCGUUUUCUAUGAAUCCGAAACUCAUGUUCGAAAGUAAUGUUAGAAAAAUAUAAAAAUAUAUCAACAUUUACUUUUAUAUUUUUUAUUUAUUUAUUUUAAUAAAUUUGAAUUUUAUUGAAACUGAAUUAAUUAAUACUUUUUCAAACUGAAGUCCUCUCUUUCUUUAGAGAGUAUAAUUGUACUUGUACUUAUUUGUGUUCCGCACAAAUCAUUAAUAAAUUAAUAUUUUAUAAUUUAGAAAAAAUUGUGUUUUCAAAGCGCGAACAGUGAACAAUAAUAACGAAGAGACUUUUAUAUCGCCCGGCGAAGAGUGGUUUUUAAAGAACAUACACGGUCGCCAAUCGCAUGCGAAAUACGAUUCUCUCAGAAGGAAUCAAGUUUCGCUUCGGUCUAGAAACAUAAUUCGUUUUUCAGGAAUUGAAAAAUGACUUUAUAAUAUUUCUAUGCGAACCUUGAUCGCGGAUUCACGCCGAAAGUCCUCUAAAAUCGAGUUUCUUUUUCAGCUUUUUUUUUAGGUCUUUCGAGUAUAUUUUUCUUCUGUUCUGUCCGCAGUCGACGUCCACCGGUCCAGCACCGUUCUGUGUGUCGUACCGGUUAGUGAUAGUUCACGUAAGUGUAAUAAAAGCGCAUAGGAUAAAUUCUUAAAUUAUAUAUACACGAAGCCUCCGGCGAUCGCGGUCGAUCGUUCCGACGCGACGCGUCGACGCGAUCGCCGGAUCGCACGAGAGAGCGUUAGCUUCAUAAUUUAGUCACGGCGGAAUCCACAUUUACACGGAUACAAGUACACAUACAUACCGAACAGCGGCAGUCAAUGCAAGAAAACACGAGGAACACGCGACUAAAGGCAAGUGUAAAUUUUGUAUCUUCGAGAUUGUGUAUCGUUAUUGUAAUAAUAGUAUAUAUAUAUAUAUAUAUAUGCAAAAUGUGAAGAAAAAAUAAAAUAUAUAUAUAUUAUAAAUAUAUAUCGAAGCGCACGGCGGUGGACCGUCGCGCGUGUUAAAUGAUUGUGCAUAAUUAGCAACUAAUUGCGCAUCAUAAACAACCAACCAUGCAUAUAGAUAGUCAGCAGGAUAUAAAUUGACGACUCAUCGAGACGAGCGGGCGCGACACACGUGUGGUCGUACGGGUGGUGGGGGAGAGGGGGGGGAUUGGGAGACGACGCCGGGCGAGAUCGUAUUAGUAUUUGUCAUUAUCAUUAUCGAUCACAUCCGUCGAUUGAUUGUCCAUUGAUUGAUUGCUACUCGUCAGAGAGAGAGACUCACUCGCUUGAGUUCCCAACACAUUGUGAUUUUUCGAUUCUAGAGGUUUUACCACUCGCGUAUGUUUUUUGCGAAACUAAGUAGACGUACGUAGACUAAAUACGAAAUCGGGGGGGAGGAAAGGGGGAGAGGAGGAAAAGAGAGAUGUUAAAGGGAAAAGGUAAAGACGCGUAUGAUUUUCGGCGGGAUAUCGCGCGCGAAAUACUUUUCUCUCUCGCCGCGAGGAUGACGAACGAAGUGGAGGUGUGCAGGAUCCUUCGAGAUCCUACGAGGGGGACGACGGGUGGCGGCGAUUUGUCCAAAAAGACUGAAGGGUGGAAAAAGCAAAAGUCCGUAUCGAUGGUUCACUUUCCGUGGGAGGAGGAGGAGGAGGUGGUAUCUAUUAAUAGUAUUACUAGGGAGUAGCGUGUAGCCUGUGUAAAGAAAAAAAAAAUAUUAUGAUUUUUAAGUGAGAUCGAUCGCACCCGCACGAACGCGCGAGAAGGGGCUUGGGAGUUUGGGGUUAGAUUAAGGGUGCGACGCGCGGGAGAGACGAAGAAAGAGACUUUCGAGGGGAAAGGAAAAAGGAUGGGCAGAAGAGCGAUCCUUUCGCACGCGAGAGCGACGUGCGGCGAGGAUGUUUAUUGGAUGUAAAAAGUGACACACACACACACAUACACACACACACAUUGUAAGAUAUCAUUGUAAAAAGAGGUUUUAACUUAAAAUAAAUUAAAUGAUAAAUCACGCA